AAUGCUCAAUAAAACCUCUCUAGGGCUUAGCCCAAUCCCAAUCUCAAUGCCAAUUUCUCAACACUGAACUCUCAACUCCUCUGUCAAUGUUCUUUCCUGUCAGUUUAACAAUCUGUUGGUGAUUGAAAGAUUAGGGUAAAACCCAGCGAAAAUGCUAACUGCCGAUAUACCUCCAAAUCAAACUAUUUACAUCAAGAACCUCAACGAGAAGAUCAAGAAAGAAGAAUUAAAGAGAUCCCUUUAUGCUUUAUUCUCUCAAUAUGGAAGGAUCUUGGAUGUUGUUGCCUUGAAGACGCCCAAGCUUCGUGGACAAGCAUGGGUUGUUUUCGAUGAGUUGACAGCUGCCAGUAACGCAUUUCGUCAAAUGCAAAAUUUUCCAUUUUAUGAUAAACCUAUGCGGAUACAAUAUGCAAAAACUAAGUCAGAUUGUAUUGCCAAAAAUGAUGGAAGCUUUGUUCCCAGGGAAAAGAAGAAGAAGCAAGAAGAAAAAGCUGAAAGGAAGCGACGUGCAGAGGAGGCACAGCAAUCUGCAAUGUCAAAUGGCACAGGUUCUCAAAGUAAUGGAGGACCAAAGGCUCCUUUCCAUAAUGGAAACCUGAAUGCCCAAGAGCAGGCUGCACCGAACAAUAUUCUAUUCAUACAGAAUUUACCUCAUGAGGCAACAAGCAUGAUGCUGCAGCUGCUUUUCGAACAGUACCCUGGAUUCAGGGAAGUUCGAAUGAUUGAAGCAAAGCCAGGUAUUGCCUUUGUAGAGUACGAAGAUGAAGAGCAGUCUUCUACAGCCAUGCAGCACCUUCAGGGUUUCAAAAUCGCCCCUCAAUAUCCCAUGGCUAUUACUUUUGCAAAGAAGUAGCCUAACCUUUUGUUAAUGAUGUUUUAUAUCUUGCCUUGGAUAUGUAGUAAGUGCAAAGAAUCAUGCAUACCAUAGUCAUGUAGAUCUCGAAGAAACCAAUGAUCCGUAGCCUUUUCUCAUCUUUUUUGAUGGUUCAAAGUAACCAAAUAUGUUGUGAUAACUUAUUCUAUUUCUGCAAGUAUGUUGGUUGAAGAGACAAUGGAUGUAUUUCAAGUUAUCAAAGCAUAAAUUUGUCA